CAUAAUGAUUCCAUCCACAAGAAAAAUAAAAAAGAAAUAAAAUGAUCUCCCACCACAAAAUGAAAAUGUGUCCCUUCUUCCCCAAAUUAUCCACUCCCCAAAAACCUUAAUCAAAUGCAGAUUUUCCAUCCCCACAUGCCAAUCAAUAAUUCCCCAAUCAAUUGGCCUUCCUCAAUCAAAUGGCGCUGCUGCAUUCUCCUCAAUCUCCAUCGCCAUCCACCUCCUUAAUCUCCCCUAAACCCCACCCCCGCCCCGCCCCCAACUUCCUCUCCCCGCCGCAUCGCCGCCUCCGCCGCCACCACCCCUCCCUCUCGUGCUCCGCCUCCAAAUCCGAUGACGUGGUGGAGCUCCCCCUCUUCCCCCUCCCCUUAGUCCUCUUCCCCGGCGCCAUCCUCCCCCUCCAAAUCUUCGAAUUCCGGUACCGCAUGAUGAUGCACACCCUCCUCCACACCGACCUCCGCUUCGGCGUCAUCUACACCGACCCCUCCACCGGCACCGCCGACGUCGGCUGCGUGGGCGAGGUCGUCAAGCACGAGCGCCUCGUCGACGACCGCUUCUUCCUCAUCUGCAAAGGCCAGGAGCGCUUCCGCGUCACCAAAUUGGUCCGCACCAAGCCCUACUUGGUCGCCGAGGUCGCCUGGCUCGAGGAUCGCCCCUCCUCCUCCGCCCAAAAUCAGGACCUCGACGCCCUCGCCCACGACGUCGAGGCCUUCAUGAAGGACGUCAUCCGCCUCUCCAACCGCCUCAACGGCAAGCCGGACAAGGACGUGCAGGAUCUGAGGCGGAACCUCUUCCCCACGCCCUUUUCCUUCUUCGUCGCCAGCACCUUCGAGGGGGCGCCCAGGGAGCAGCAGGCGCUGCUGGAGCUCGAGGACACCGCCAUGAGGCUUAACAGGGAGAAGGAUACGCUCAAGAAUACACUCAAUUACUUGACGGCGGCGUCCGCCGUCAAGGAUGUGUUUCCCUCCGCAUAGCACAUACUAGUACCAGUAAUUAUUGUGAUGCCAAAUGUCUCAACUUUUCAUAUCCAAUUAAUACAUAACUUCACUUCUUCAA